GAGAAAAUUGCAAAAAGCAAAAGACAGAGCAAGCAUAAGGGAACUCUUGUGUCUCGCCUCCUCUUCUAACAGUUGAUUGUCCUAGGCUUGAAGAUGGAAAGCAGUAUAAAGGAUGAACUCUACUCUGACAUUUUCGAUAUGUCAAAUCUUCAAUCAAGUCUUAGGCCGACUACCAAUUCUGGAAACAAUGAUUCACAUGACAGCGAGUGGUGCGACUUGUGGAGUGAUGAUGGAGAUUUGGGUCAUGAUUCUACUGAUAAAUUGGAGAAAACAUCUGAAAUGGACAGGGAAUGGCAGAGGCGGCAUGACGAAUUCCACACUAUCGGAUACCGUGAUGGUCUUAUGGCAGGGAAAGAAGCUUCAGCUCAAGAGGGGUUUAAUGUUGGUUUUAGGGACUCUGUAUAUGUUGGAUACAACUGGGGUCUUGUCAGAGGUAUCACUAGUGCUUUGGCCUCUCUUCCUGACGGCUUAAAAGAAAGAAUGGUUGAUACAAAGGAAAUCCAGAAUAAGUUCCAGCACUUACAUGAGUCUGUGCAAUCUCAUUCAACAGUGGAUAUGCUUAAGGUGUUCCAUGAUUAUCUGUCAAAGAAAUCAGAAGAGAGUGCUAAAAAUGACAACUCUAGCACCUGCUUGGCGGAUUCCAACGACCUCAGCUCCAAUGACAGUGUUCUUGAGAAUUACCAGAAAGAGCUACAAUCACUUAUUGAUGAAUCAGGGCUCAAAUUGCAGUUAGAUACAAAGGAGUAGCUUUAUCUUUUCUUGCUUUACUCAUUGAAGUCACUUGUCACUUUCUUGAGAAGUGAGAGUUUUGUCACAAUCCAUGAAAAUUGCAUUCAAAAAGAAGAAAAAAAAAUAGCACACUUGAAUGCAUAGUUUGUACAUAGAAUAUUUCUGUUUUCCAACAUUGUAUGCGUGGUUUUAGUUAAACAUGUAUUGUAUUCUGAAGAGAAAUUACUUUUAACGCCUUCUA